AUCGUUCCCCCAUCACCGUCCCUGCGUCGAACACACACACUCUCUCUCUCUCUCUCUCUCUUCAAGACCUACCCAGCCAUGGCGACUACGUUGGCCGCGAUCGCAGCUCGCCGGGGCGCCGCCGCCCUCUCGCGCGCUCCCCCUCCGGGGCUAUCGUCGGCUCAGGCCGGCGCCUUCGCCCAGCGGCGCGGCCUCGCCGGCGCGGCAGAUCACCAUGGGCCCCCAAGGGUUGAUGUUUGGCAGGACCCUUUGAGUCCAUCUAAAUGGAAGGAAGAGCAUUUUGUAAUUGUGUCUUUGUCUGGCUGGGGUCUGCUAAUCUAUGGGGGUUACAAACUCUUCGGUGGGGGCAAAAAGGAUAAGAAGGAAGAGGUAACAUUGAUUCCUUAUCAUGAAACUGGUGGAAGCAGCGCAUUGAAGUUUGGAUUGCGUAAUUUCACUAAAGUUUCCUGCUGAUAAGGCAAUCAACUGUAUUUGUUGAGAAUGCAUUUUUCCUUGUUGGAGGAGUGUUCUUUCGUUAGUUUCCGAGGAACUUAUGGGGAAUAAAUAGCAGAAAUCGUUUGCUUUACUGUGGACAACGUGGCUCUUUUGCUAUCAUAGAUGCGUCAUCGUUUUAAUA